AUGCUGCUAGUGGUAAGCCUGCUUUUACCCUUGGCAAUGGCCAUGCCAUUCGACGUGGUGUCUGAAUCUGCCACACAAAUAACUUACGAUGACGGUUUCGCACGGAAUAAAAUGCUUCCGAUGGCGGCCGCGGCUUAUUCCAACAAUCCACAGCAAUGCCUUUCGAAUCUUGGCAACAGCAUCCAGAUGAAACGACUCACAUCGGUCAUCUGCGACAUUACUAUCGUUGACAAAUGCACUGGGUUCAGUGCUGUAAGCAAUGACGACAAAGCUAUCAUUUUAUCAUUCAGGUGCUUAGGUUCAGAUAGGAACACUCAACUCAUCGCAGAAGGUAUCGAAACAAUGCAGAAAAACCACACCCAAUGGGCUGCUGGAGGUGUGGUCUCGAAGUAUUUCAACGAUGGUUUCAUGAGAAUUUGGAAGAACGGUAUGAAAGAUGACUUGGCCACGUUGCAAAGCCAACACAGCGGUUAUGAACUUUGGAUCACAGGCCAUUCUCUUGGAGGAGCUCUGGCUUCACUGGCCGCCUCGUAUAUCGCCCAUAACAAGCUUUUUCCAGCAAACAAGGUCAUCUUUUUAGUGACUUUCGGACAGCCACGCACAGGAGACAAAGCCUACGCAGCUGCAGUGGAGAAAGAGGUCCCUUACAUUUUCCGUAUAACGCAUGCUCACGACGAGGUGCCCCACCUGCCACUAGAGAACAUGGAAGGUUACUAUCAUCAUAAAACUGAGGCGUUCUACAAUAAAGGCAUGGCACCUGGAGCUCACUAUUACGUUUGCUACGAUAUGGGAGAAAGUACCUUCUGCUCAGAUGGCAACCUUCUGGAUACAUCUACAAAAGACCACCUACACUAUUUUGAAAAAGAUGUUUCCGAAUAUGGAUUAAAAGGGUGCAAGUAG